AACGCUACAAUGGGGUAAUGUUUACGACCACGCUUGAAAAUUUGUCCGAGUGAGAAAAGUGUCUGAACAGAAGCGAAAAGGGGCCAUUUUUACGUCACUUUUUUCAUCUUGCUGAUUGUGGCCCAUGGCCAGCGAUACGAAGAACUGAAGAAGACUAAUAACAAGAACAAGAUUACCAAAAAUAUGAAAACGAUCCAUAGGUCCACUCACGUGUCCACUGGCAAGAUGAGUUGUACAUAAAUACAGAAAUAUACGUGCAAGAGACAAUGAGAAGAUUUCUAAGGAAUCACAAAUACGAUUAUACUACUGUACUAUGACUGUAUGAGUGCUAGAAUGAUAUAUCAGGUCAAAGGAUAGAUCUACGACUGUCAGAAUGUAGAACAAUUUGGCCUAAACACAACUUACAAUAUUAAAGUACUGUAUAACAGGACUGGGAAAAUAAAAGUAGUCUCUGAUCUGGUGAUAGAUCAGUAGAUAUGACAUUUGAAUUAGACUAUAUAGUAAUUAUGGUCUUUCUGUGAUGGUAUUUCUGUAUUUGCAGAAUUGAAUAAAUUAAGAUUAUAGUUUAUGCUAUAGCCUACGAUAUGGAUAACAAAGAAGCUGUCAUGAACUCUUCAACACUAGAUCAAAAGCUGCAAAAUCUUAUAAACAAUGAGGAUGUUGAUGCAAUUAUAAAAGCUCAACAAACAACCUUGAGGAGACUUGAAAAAUCUAAUGCAAUGCUAACAAACUGCAAUACUCUUUCUUCACAACAACUUCUAUUGGCAAGUGAAAAGUUCACUCGUCACACUGCGACAUUGCAAGAAAUGCGUAAAGAUUUGCAGUCGAUAUUUACAAGAAUAAGAACUCUUCGGGCAAAAUUAAAGACACAGUACCCCGGUGAAUUUUCCUUGGCUCUUGAAAAUAAUAUGCAGAAUGUUUCAUUUCAAGAAAGUGGGGUUAUCCCUGUAAAAGAAGAAAAACAAAACGAACUAUAUGAAUCAUCAAUAAAAAGUCAUUUUAGCCAGAAGCCUGACUUGUAAUUUAAUAAUAAGUAUUUUCAUCUCUAUUUCAUGGUUAUAAUUAAAGAACAACCUUUUCCUGAAGAGCUCUCCUUAUCCAUGGAAGCUAGCAAAACUAGGUUUGAUUGGUUCUUGGCAAAUGUAAUAUGAUUAUUUAUAAAUAGAUAUAUGUUUUAUUUACUAUAUACAAUUAUUUUGAUGCUACUCCAUUACUCAUAUUCAUUCUGUGAUACCAUCCAGUAUUUUCAAGAGGUGAAGAAUUUCAAAAUAGGAGAAGGAGGAAUGUAUCAAAAAUUUGGGAUAUGGAGGAAGUUUUAUAGAGCAGAAAGUUGUAUUUAACAGCAGUUCAUGAUACACUCUGGUGGCAAAGAGUCCUCUGGAACAUGUUAUCUCGCAUGGGGUUCAAACCCCAAACUUACUAUCUAUUUUGGUGUCUCUGAUAUCGGAUUAUGUUUUCAUUGCAUGUCACUUUGCUGCAAAAAACAAGGUUAGAACACUGCUUGGAACUUGGCGCAGCUGAUAGUCUAUUUGUUCUGCUAUAUCUAUUGCUUUAUGAUCCAAUAUUAUUACUGUGUGCAAUGGUAUUAUAUUUUAUUUUUCAG